AUGUCUGGAGAACUCACAAAUAGCGAUUUCCGUGCCAUUUUUGACAACUAUGAAAAGGAAAAGAAAGAAAAGGAAAAAAUAGUGUUAGAAAAAGAGGAAAAGAAAUUAAAAAGAAAACAAAAAUAUAUAUUAAAAAAAAAAAAAGGAGAUGAAAAAGAAGAGCAGAAAUAUAGAGACAGAGCUGAGGAGAGAAGAAAGGGAAUAAUAAAAGAUAUCGAAGAUGCUAGUGUAUUAUAUAAUAAUGAGAAAAAUACAAUUGAUGAAUCUAAGUUUAUGGGUGGUGAUGUUGAGCAUACGCAUUUGGUUAAAGGUCUUGAUUUUUUAUUAUUAAAUAAAGUAAGGAAUAAAUUAAUUGAUAAAAUAAAUUCAGAAAAAGAAAAAUCCAAAGGAAAUAAAUCUGGUGAAAAAUAUAAUAAUAUAAAAACAUUUAAUAAUGAAGAAUCAAAGCAAAUAUUUAAGUAUUUUUUUUUAUAUGAACAUCCACACAACAUACAUUUUAAAAAAAAAAUCGAAGAUUUACACAAUAAUAUUAUGAAUAAUAUGAAAUUUAAAAAUUUUAAUAAAAAUAUCCAUUCAAUUAACUAUAAAUUUAAUAUUAGUCCAGAAAUAGAAGAAAAUGACAUACCAAUAAAAUAUAUGUAUGAUAUAGAUGAUAUAAAAAUAUGCCACACAUAUUAUUUAAAGGACACGAUCUUAAACGAACUAGAUAUUUGUUUUAAAUGGCAUAUGGAAAAUCGAAAAAAAAAGAAAAGCAAAAGAUUACCCAAAAGACCAUUAACAACAGUUUUUUUUAAUAAUAAGCAAAUUAAAUAUGAAGAUGAAGAAGAUAUUGAUAUUUUUAAAAAUGAUGAUACGGAAAUUAAAAAAGAUGAAGUAAUAUCUGAAAAUAACAAUGACGACGAUUCAGAUUCGGAAAUGAGUGAAAUCGAUAAUAGCACCAAUAUAGUGACAAAUAAUGCAUCUCAAAAUAAUGCAAAAUUUGAAGAUAAUACAAAUUUUUUUAUGCCCCCUAAUAUAAUUAAAAAAAUGAAUAACAAUACUACUAACAAAAAUAACAACAGUUUAACGGGAAAUAUUUUUUCAGAUACAUACGACGAAUGUUAUCCCCGAUAUUAG